AUGGAUCCUGAUCAGUCUCCGGCGUUUUGCAAGAUUUUACUGUCUAGAGACACCGUCAUGAAUAAAAUGCAUGCAUGCAGUAGCUUUGAAGAGGAGAUUGGACCUUUAAAGAGAGCUAAGAAAAUGGAACCAAUAAUAGUAGUAUCGGAUACUGAGGAAGAAAGUGUUGAUAUGUCAUCGAGUGAUGCUGAUUCCAAACAUGAAGAUGAUCCUCCCUACUCACCUCGUGCAACUUACUAUAAAAAUCCUAAGCGGGAAAAAGUAUCAUCAGAUCGAAAGGACAAAGAAGCUCAUAGUGGAAGUGAAGAAUAUGGUCUAAAGAGGAAUAGUUGGAUUCAGAAGCAACAAUCCAAGAGUGUUUACGAUCAGAACAAGACAGUAUGGGACAAAGAGAGCAGUAUAGCAUAUCAAAAAGCAAAAUCUUUUAAAUCUAAGAAUCCGUUCAUUUUCAUAGCGCUGAAGUUUGCUAGGAAGUAUUUCCUUGAGAACGAUGUCAAUCUAGUGCUUCGUGUUUCAGGAAGUGGAUCUUGGUCUGUCAAAUGCACUAUCGGAACAGUAAAUGCUAAAGUUGGUUCUGGUUGGAAGGCAUUCGCGCUAGAAAAUAAGUUAAAAGUCGGUGAUGUUUGUGUAUUUGAAGUGCUAAAGGGCAAGCUCUUUGUAGAUGUCAUAAUAUCUGAUUGA